AUGGAUCUUAAAUGCCCAAUAUGUCUUGAUCCUUUUCAACUACCUUUAUGUGAUAUUUAUUGUCGUCAUAUUUUUUGUUUUCCAUGUAUCAAAACAUGGCUUAGACAAAAACAAUCAUGCCCUGUAUGUCGACGAUAUUUUACUAAAUUUGUACGCAUUACUGAUGAAAAACUACUUAAAGAACUUGAUUAUUUAUUUGUCAAAUGUAUGUAUUGUAAUGAAACAAAUAUUAGACGAGGUAAUUUUAAUGAUCAUAUAAGAUAUCAAUGUUCAAAACAAAUAAUGAUUGAUCAUGUAAAAAAUAAAGAAAGUCUUCGACAACAUUUUCAUCUUGAAUAUUUAUUGAAAAGAAUAAAUGAAUCAAUUGCAAGUAGUAGAAGACAACGACAGAAUUAUGAACCAUCACAUUUUACUUCAUUACCAUUAUGGACCGUUUUAAUUUCAAGUGUUCAUUUAUUUAUUUAUUUGUCUGUAUUCAUUCCAAUUACUACUCUAUUGAAUAUUACUGAUUUUAUUAUCUAUCUUCUUCGUUAUACUAUUAUUUGGCUAAUUCGUAUCAUAGAAUUACGAAUAUAA